UACGCGGAAGCGGCGGUGUUUUGUGUACAGUGUGGUUGUCGCCUCGUGACAAUCGGAUUUUUCUAUUGUUUAUUGACCCUGAAGUCGGACGCUGUCGAUACGUAUGCAGUCCGGUGUGCCAUGAUUCCCAUAGGGGUUGUGGUGUGUGUGAUGGGCGGCUGGUGUACCGUUUAUCUGACGGACACGUUAUUGCGGUCGUCCAGUUCGUUGAAGAACCGUUAUGAAUCGUGGUUGUCCUCCAAUGGAUUCACUCUCUCCCCCUUCCACAUCAAAUGGCACACGAGCAUCUUCAACCGCCUGUUUGCCAGAUGUGCUCAUCUUAACCCGCACUUUCUCUACAUCUGGUUCAAUGCUGGUAUGGUGUUUGGGAUUCUGGCGAUGUUUGGGUCUGUGUUCUUGCUGAGCAAAACUCUGCUGCAGACUCUGAGUCAAAUGAUGGCAGAUACCCCAGUGGGGUCCCAUGAGCAGGUCUUGCAAGUAGUGGUGCCUGGUGUGAACCUGCCAGUCAGUCAGCUGGCGUAUUUCUUCAUCGCUAUUUUGAUCAGUGGCGUCAUACACGAGUUUGGGCAUGGGGUGGCAGCGCUGAGGGAACAAGUGAGGUUGAACGGGUUCGGCAUGUUUAUGUUUGUGGUUUACCCGGGUGCAUUUGUGGAUCUCUUUACCACCCACCUGAACCUCAUCUCUCCAGUCCAGCAGCUGAGAAUAUUCUGUGCAGGUGUGUGGCACAACUUCAUGCUAUGUGUUGCGGCCCUCAGCUUCCUGUUCCUGUUACCUGUCUUCAUGUUCCCCUUUUACUACACGGGUGCCGGAGCACUGGUCACUGAGGUGAUGGAGGGAUCUCCCUCGAGUGGACCUCGUGGGCUGUUUUUAGGAGAUCUGGUUACUCACUUGGAGGACUGUCCCGUGAGAGGAGUACAGGACUGGCACAACUGUAUUCAACAUCUCUCCCAUAAUCCUCAGGCGGGCUACUGUGUCCACACUGCCAAGCUUCAGCUGAGCUGGAUGGCAGGGAGAGCCUACAAGAGACUUGAUGGCACUAUGGAGUGCUGUGGCAAUAACAGCAUGUCGGACCUCUGCUUCUCUUACAGUAAUAAUGUGGAAAGCAAGCUCUUCGCCUGCCUGUCGGUCAGAAAAACCAUCGAAGCGAGUCGCACAUGUCGUACCAACACAGACUGUCAGACAGACUUCAUCCCCGGCUUGUGUUUAAUCCCGUCUCUGGAGAACCAAACCAGACUGAUCCGGGUGAAACAUCCGCCCCAGACUGACAUGCUUUUCGUCGGCUACCCAUCGCACCUACAGUACUCAGGUCUGACAGAUGGGUAUUUGUUUAAAGGUUAUCAUUUGACUGAUAUACGUCGGUCCAGGAAAUUUUGGUGCGCAAAAUCUUUCAGCAUGUCGCCUGCAUAUUACAGAAAUACUUUCUUUGUGCUUUUAGUCAGUCUCACCAACUUUGUUCCUCGUUUGGGUUUUCUCCAUCCGGACCUGCCGGUCAUGCUGGAGACUUUCUGCAAAUAUCUGGUAUCACUAUCUGGGGCUCUGGCAGUAGUAAACGCUGUUCCUUGCUUUGCGCUGGACGGCCAGUGGAUACUCACAGCUUUUCUAGAUGCCACACUGAGCUCUGUGAUCCAAGAAAGGAACAACCGAGAGCUGAUCGGUUUCUUUUUUAUGUUGGGCGGCAGUGCCCUUCUAGCAGCCAACGUGGCUUUGGGCCUGUGGAUGGUCACCGCACGGUAGCAGACAGCUAACUCCUCCAAUCAGACUGCUUGGAGGAAAUGUUACUAUUGAACUUGAACUGAUGGAGCAGAGGACUGGUUGUGAACUUCAACUGGUGAAAAUAGCACUUGCCAGCCAAGAGAGGGCGCCAGAGAGUGCUGCUGUCAAUGUGUUUAAGGUCUGAAGUGCUCAGCUAGAAACAAAGAGUAGGUUUUGAAGCUGCAUGUGUACACCGUGACCUCAGGACAGCACCAGUAGUGGCCUCAUAAAUACACACACAUUGAGCAUGUUGUGUUAAAAGUGUCUAGUUUAACCUGUAAAAUGACAAAUGACGUGUGUCAUCAUCCAUCGAAACAUACAGUAGAGGCAUUUCUGUAUGAAGACACGUAUUAUGACUUUAAACUUCAGUUUUUCCACAGCUUAGUUGUUUCUGUAUACUUCGUUUGGAUAUACAAAAUAAAAGCCAUAUACAAUA